GUAUAUGCUCACUCCAGCCCUGGCGUACUACAGUCCCGCUACCCAAAACAUCCAGUACAUUCAGGAUGCCGUCAAGCAAGCCACCUACUACCGGCAAGUGUUGCAGGCCAACACCACCGCUAGCUGGCAAGGUCUGUGGGUGCACAUCGUCGGCCCACAGAGCGCCACAUAUGGCGUCUGGCUUACUGGCAACGGCUGGGCAGCUCUAGGCAUGGUCCGUGUCCUAGCUGUCAUGACCAAUUGGUCUCGUACAGCAAAGUGGACCACACAGCCCGCACUGAUCAAGAAGUACAUCUACGAGAUCCUCGAUGGAUGUAUGGCUGCAGGCUUCUCGCCCGAUGGCACCGGACUGCUUGCCAACUACUUGGUGGGCGACUCUUCCGGCCAGACCGCCAAGCCCAAUGGCAACUUUGGAGACGCUACAGGAACAGCCAUGAUCGCCUCUGUUGCCUACCGCAUGAUGGUCCUUGAUCCCGCUGGGGCAAAGGGCUACAAGACUUGGGCCAACAAGUUGCGCACGGCCGUCGCUGCCCAGGUCAAGUCGAAUGGUUAUGUGAACCAGACUGUGAACCCUUACGACUGGUACGACACGACGCCUUACACCUCGGGUAGUCCUGAAGGCCAGGCUGCCGCGGUGCUCAUGGCUACCGCCUACGGUGCAUGCGUCAGUGCUUCUCGCUGCUAGUCAUGCUAGUAUCCGCAUCGCUUCGUUCUCCUUUGCAUAGUCAUCGUCUGUCAUCUUUCACUGCACACACUCUCGCUCCAUGGCCCGGGCGGCCCUUUGCUAUAGAUCUCCCCCCACCUCGGUACGAACGAAGCCUUGGUUCCGUUCCCCUACCCUCCUAACUUAUUGACGCGACACACGUCUAAUAUACCCAUGUAUGCAAUCCGUUUGAUUAUCUUUACCUUAUUCGGCUCGCCGUUGGCAAACAUUAUCCUACUCACUGCACACAU